GGAAGUAAAAGUGAUAAAGAGGGAAAGAGAUGAGUCACAGGAGCAUCAAGUAUUUUUUCUCUUUUCAGGGAGGUAUUCCAAAAGCAAGAUAAACUGAUCUCUCCUCUGUCUACCCAGCAGUUGUAGAGAGACAACGUAGCUGUGUAAAUCAGAAGUAAAAUGUUAACAGUGAGUGAGGUGCUGGUAUUUUUUGUGCUGUCUCUGCUGUUAAUAGAGUUUCUGAAAUUGCAAUGGAUGCGAAGACGAUUUCCUCCUGGGCCAACUCCAUAUCCCUUCUUUGGAAAUCUGCUGCAGAUGAACUUCAGAAUUCAUCAUGAGCAUCUUAAAAAAAUGGCCAAAAUUCAUGGCAAUAUAUUCACCUUAUGGCUUUCAAAAACUCCUGUGGUUGUCCUGCAAGGGUUUCAGGCAGUGAAGGAAGGUCUGACUGCCCGUGCUGAAGAUGUUGCUGGAAGGCCUGAAAACAGAAUCUUUCAUGUUCUGACACAAGGAAAUGGUGUUUUGUUCUCUAAUGGUCAUCUCUGGAAGCAGCAGAGGCGUUUUGGAAUGGCAACAAUGAGGAAGAUGGGAGUAGGGAAAAAAGCGCAGGAUUAUCUACUGCAAGAGGAGGCUGCUCACUUGGUGGAAUACUUACAGAAAACAAACGGAAAACCUCUGGACCCCGCUAUGCCUGUUAUUCAUAUGGUCUCAAAUAUCAUUAGUUCAAUCAUGUUUGGACAUCGUUUCUCCAGAGAUGAUGAGAAUUUUCACCGCCUGAUUGAGUCCUUUGACGUCAUAGCAACAUUUUUGAACAGCAACUCCUUUUUUAUGUAUGAGUUGUCUCCCUGGCUUGCCUGUCACUUUCUGCCAUCAGUUAAAAAGAUGAAGUCCUGCUUAGAUUUUGUGAAGGAUCUGUUAGCAAAGGAACUUGAGAGUCACAAAGGAAAAAGAAAGCUUGAUGAAAAUCAAAAUUUUAUUGAUUACUAUUUGGAUGAGAUAGAUAAAACUAAAGGAGAUGCUGAUGCAACUUAUGACGAAGAAAACUUGAUCCAAACUAUUGGUGACCUCUUUAUAGCAGGCACAGAAACUACAGCCACCACUUUACUGUGGGCAUUGCUCUAUAUGGUGAUUUAUCCUGAUAUUCAAGGGAAAGUCCAUAAGGAGCUGGAUGCUGUUGUGGGUUGUUCCCAUGUGUUUUGCUACGAGGACAGGAAAAGGUUGCCCUACACAAAUGCUGUAAUUCACGAGAUCCAGAGAUACAGUAACAUACUCUUAAUUGCACUGCCCAGACUGAGUGUGAAGGACACGGAGCUUCUGGGAUAUCACAUUCCAAAGAACACAGUAAUUUUAGCAAAUAUUGACUCUGUUCUGGCUGAUCCUGGAAAAUGGGAGACACCUGACCAGUUCAACCCAGGCCACUUUCUGGAUAAAGAUGGAAACUUUGUAAAGAGAGAAGCAUUCUUACCAUUUUCUAUAGGGCACCGUGUGUGCAUGGGGGAGCUGUUGGCAAGGAUGGAGCUCUUUGUUAUCUUUUCCACCUUGCUACAAGCAUUCACAUUCACCCUGCCAGAAGGAGUGAAGGAAGUCAACACCAAGUUUGUUUUUGGGAGCACAAUGAAACCACCUCCCUACCAGCUCUGUGCCAUUCCUCGAUAGGAAAUGGCAGAUUCAGGGAAGAGUCACUCUGUAAAACUGCUUCUGUAUGUGAAUUCCUUCUUGCAUGUCCUGAGAUUUUUGCCUUCCUCUUCAUUUGGUUGAUCAUUACCCUGAAAAAUUCUUGACAGACAGUUGCAUCCUGAGCAUUAUAAUUAUACAGGGUUGAUAUUUUGUUCUUCUUUUUUUUUUCUGUUUGGAAAAUAUUGGUAAGUUUCUUGUGAUGUGUAACAAAUAAAGGCAUUAA